UAGAAACUUGAAAAAUAUAGUGAUAAGAAUGCCUCGUCGAGAGAAGAUAAGCUCUUUUUACCAGAAAAUUUCAAGUGUGUAAGUACAGUGCAAUCACUCCUUGUUCAACUCAAACAUCAUUUCAUUUACAUUUCUGAGUCAAUCAGAAAUGAGUUGCUCCAGUUGCAAAGAGCGUUCCUUCAUCUCUACUGAACAAGUUGCAAAAUAUUACAAAAAUGUUGUGACAGGGAAUAGUCGUAUUUCCUGUCCUUGUAGUUCUGGAAUACUUACUAGUAAGCAGCAGGAGAUACUGAGCUCCAUUCAUCCAACUAUUCUUGAGAAAUAUUAUGGCUGUGCUAGUCCCAUACCUACAGCAAUGGAAGGUUGUACUGUAUUGGAUCUGGGAUGUGGCACAGGUAGAGAUGUCUAUUUAUGUAGUGCGUUAGUUGGAAAUAAGGGAAAAGUUAUUGGAGUGGAUUUACUUCCUGAAAUGUUGGAGAUUGCCUCCCAAUACAAGUCUUACCAUGCAGAAAAGUUCUUUCAAGAUUCUUCUCAGAGCAAUGUUCAAUUUUUGAAAGGACAUAUUGAGAAUCUAAGGGAGAUAGGAAUUGCAGAUGGCUCUAUAGAUAUUGUCAUUUCUAACUGUGUCGUCAAUCUUUCAGACGACAAGGAGAAAAUAUUCAAAGAAGUCGCAAGAGUCUUAAAGCCUGGAGGUGAAUUUUACUUUGCUGACAAAUACAUAGACAGACGUUUAAGUGCAGAGGCAAGACAAGACCUUGAGUUGGUAGGGCAAUGUUUAGGAAAGGCAAUGUAUAUCCAAGACUUUGUAUCACUUGUGAAGAAAGCAGGGUUUUCUGAUAUUCGCCUCGUCUCAAGUUCUAAAGAACGACUUUCACUUGAAACUGAAACAAAACUGAAUGGUGCUUCUGCCUACUCUUGUGUAUUCAGAGCAUUUCGAUUAGAACAUUUGGAUGAGUGUUUAGAAGACUAUCAAGAAACCGCUAUCUUCCAUGGUGCAACUGAUGUAGACAGAGAUACUUAUCAAUUCGAUUGCAAUCUCAAGUUUCUCAAGGACUUGCCUGUCUCUGUUGAUGGCAAUACUGCUGAAAUUAUUCGCCAUUCGAGACUUUCUCGUCACUUUCACGUGACAGAUAGAAAGUCUCAUCAAGGGCUGUUUCAACCUGAGAAACAGCUUCCCAUGAGUUUGAUAGUGAAGAAUCAGUGUUUUGAAAAGAAAUAAUUGCAUUUUUAGUAUAGGAUUAUCAUAUUGUCUCUGUAGCAGAAUUUUGUUAAUAAAGUUUUCUAGUUCAUCUAGCAUAACAGCAAACUUUAA